CCUUAACAUUAACUUAUACUUAACUUUACCUCGUCACAACUCAUGCACUUACACUUACAUCCCCUUAGUGUUAGGGUAUCAUUUUAAGAUAGAACAAUGGCAAGUGUAAUUGCAAGAACCAGAGCUCCUCAGCUAAGCCGUCAAAUUAGACACUUCAGCUCCAGCUCAGCUCGGUAUGCAGCUGAGGUGAAGAGCCUAGGCGUCUUAGGCGCGGGCCAGAUGGGACUAGGUAUCGCUUUGGUAGCUGCUCAGAAAGCUGGUGUCCCCGUUACACUUGUGGACUCGUCACAAGCUUCACUUGAUAAAGGAAUUGGUUUUGCAGAGAAGCUCCUAUCCAAAGAUGUUGCCAAACAACGGAUCACGCAAGAACAAGCGGAUGAAGCAAGGUCUCGUCUCUCGCCUACCACGGCUAUUGAAGAGCUCUCGAAGGUCGAUUUCGUAAUUGAGGCCGUGCCGGAAAUUCCGCAGCUUAAAUUUGAUAUAUUCGCCAAGCUCGCUGAGAUCUGUCCGAAGCAUGCUAUCCUAGCCACUAACACAUCAUCUAUCUCCAUUACGAAAAUUGCCGCUGCGACCACCAAGGACCCUACCGAUACAUCGGCAAGUUCUCGCGUGGUAUCGACCCACUUUAUGAACCCGGUGCCCGUGCAAAAGGGUGUCGAGAUCAUUAGUGGGUUACAGACGAGUCCGGAGACCCUCGAGACCGCCAUCGCCUUCUGCAAGGCUAUGGGCAAGAUCCCCUCCGUAUCUGCGGAUUCCCCGGGAUUUUUGGCAAAUCGAAUUUUAAUGCCAUAUAUCAACGAAGCGGUGACAUGCUUAGAGACUGGUGUCGGUGACCGAGAUUCUAUCGACGCCAUCAUGAAGAACGGCACUAACGUACCUAUGGGGCCACUCCAACUGGCCGAUUUUAUUGGGCUGGACACAUGCUUAGCUAUCAUGAAAGUGCUUCACCAGGAGACGGGAGACUCGAAAUACCGACCGAGUGUGCUUCUUGCUAAGAUGGUAGAUGCUGGCUGGCUAGGGAAGAAGAGCGGUAAGGGGUUUUACGACUAUUAAAAUAAUCAUAACUAAAUAGGCCAUGGCAUUAUAUUGUAUUUAUGUCUGAUGAGCAUCUUGCCACGAGUUGUCUUAUUUAAUAAAUAGGUGUAGAUCGAAGUCGAGAGUACCAUGAAACAAAUUAAGCAGAAAGCAUUACUUAGGUGGGCAUUACCUAUCUGUAAAUAUCGAACAGCGUUGGCGAUUUGUCUCGUACCUCAAAGGGCGUAUACCCAUCGCUACUGAUAGCUAUAAUGCGCCAGGCAUGACCAGUAAUUAGUAACAUCGAGAUGAAAAUAAGAAAACAUAAGGG